UCUCUCCUUAGAUCGAGUUUUAAAGAGACAAGUCUGUUAAUGAAAGAUGAGUUCGAGACUUGUCUCUGUCACUGUGUACUGUGUUUUGUCAUUGGAGUUGUUGCUUUGUGUGAGUGGUCACAGAUUUGUGGGUCAUGAGAGGAGAAGAGGAAAGUGGGAGGGUAGACUAAACAUGGGAUUCUAUCACGAAACAUGUCCUCAGGCUGAGGGAAUCGUGAGAGAGAUCGUAUCGGAGAAAGUCGAAGCAAACCCUAACUUGGCUCCUAAGCUACUGAGGAUUCAUUACCAUGACUGCUUCGUUAGGGGUUGUGAUGCGUCGCUAUUGUUGGAUUCUGUAACGGGAGAAGAAGCGGUGGAGAAAGAGGCGAGACCGAAUCUCUCGCUGUCAGGUUAUGAAGUAAUAGAUGAGAUCAAAUCUCGACUCGAAAAUCUUUGCCCUAAAACCGUCUCUUGUGCCGACAUCCUCGCCCUGUCCGCUCGAGAUGCCGUCUCCUACCAAUACGGACGACCACUGUGGAAAGUAUUCACGGGAAGACUUGACGGAAAAUUAUCGUCGGCGUCAGAGGCCGUCAGAGAUUUACCGUCGGCGGCUGCAAAUUUCACCUCUCUCCGUCAACUUUUCAACCAAAGCGAUCUUGACGCCGUUGACCUCGUCGCUCUUUCAGGAGCGCAUACCAUAGGCUCUGCACAUUGCGGAGUAUUUGCGAGGAGGAUCUUGAACUUCACUGGAGAAGGAGAUAUCGACCCUUCCCUGAACCCUAACUACGCCUCUUUCCUCAGGUCCAAGUGCGCCGACAGCAAAACCCUAAAACUGAACAGUUCCCAAGUUGUCGGAAUGGACCCCACCGGUAAUCUCUCCUUCGACGGCGGCUACUUCAUAUCCCUCCUCCAACACAAAGGCCUUUUCACCUCCGACGCCGCCUUGUUAACGGAUUAUUCCGCAGCCGCCAUUGCUAGGGUUUUCCAAAACACUAACGUGUUUCUUGCUCAGUUCGGGAGAUCUAUGAUCAAGAUGAGUUCCAUUAAAGUUCUUACACAUGAUGAUGAAGGUGGUGAGAUUCGCACGAACUGUCGUGCCAGAAACUGAGAAUAAGAUUUGCAUGACACGCAUGCAUGCAUGCAUGGAUCGAAUCAUAUAAUUAUAAUCUAAUUAAAGAGAUUUACGUUCUUAUAUAACUUUUAUAUCUACACUUCAUUGUUAUGUGAUGUGUAUCCAUAAGUGAUAAUCAAUUAAAAGAA